UCUAGAGGCUUUGAGAGGGAGGAGUAGCGAGAGAGUGCGAUCGGAGACGAGGAAAACAUGGAAGGAAUUCCUCCCCGGCGAGCUUUGAUCCUCGUCCUCGUCGUCUCUUCCCUUUUCUCAGUUCUGGCUUCAUCCUCCUCUUCCUCUUCUUCUCCUUCGCAGGAUGUUCGCAUUCUUAGCGCGGAGCGACGGAUCGAUUUGACCUCCUUCAUCGUAAGGGCUUUCCUGGCUUUUAAGGUUGAAAAUACUGGUGCAUCUGAUGUUUCAGAAAUUCUUAUUGCUUUUUCACCAAAUGAAGCCCAACAUUUAGCAAUUGUAAAAGCAUCCACCACAGCUGGAAAACGAAAAAAGAAAGCCUAUUUGCCUCUUGAUGUAAACCCCAUUGAAUCACCAAAGGGACCAAAUGGGGCUCAGCUUUUCUCUAUUGCUCUUCCCACUCCAUUGAAGAGUGGUGAUACAGCUGCGUUGGAAGUUCUGUAUGUUUUAACACAUUCUCAAGAGCCCUUUCCAGCAGAGAUUAGUCAAUCUGAGUCACAAUAUGUGUACUAUCGGGAUAGCGCAUUGUUGUUGUCUCCUUAUCAUAUUAAGGAACAGAGGACAUUUAUAAAGACACCAAACAGCAAGGUGGAAUCUUAUACAAAUGUAAGCCCUAGUAAUCGUGUUGGAACAGAGCUAAGAUAUGGACCAUACCAUGACCGUUCUCCAUAUUCACAUUCCCCGAUACUUGUCCAUUUUGAGAAUAACAAUCCAUUUGCUGUUGUUGAUGAACUUACAAGGGAGGUGGAAAUUUCUCACUGGGGAAAUGUUCAAAUAACUGAACACUAUAAACUCUCUCAUGCAGGAGCACACCACAAAGGAGUCUUUUCAAGGGUUGAAUAUCAAGCUAGACCAUCAAUCAGUGGUGUUUCUUCAUUCAAGUCUCUUCUUGCAAGACUACCACCUCGAGUUCACUCUGUCUACUAUCGUGAUGAAAUUGGAAACAUUUCAUCAUCACGCUUGCGAAGUGAUUCUCUCAAGUCCGAGCUUGAAAUAGAGCCUCGAUAUCCAUUGUUUGGAGGUUGGAAGACGACUUUUGUCAUUGGUUAUGGAUUGCCUUUGCAAGAUUUUCUCUUUGAAUCAUCUGAUGGUCAGCACUACCUGAACUUCACCUUUGGUUGCCCUCUACUUGAGACAGUGGUUGAUCGGUUAACCAUUAAAGUUGUUCUUCCAGAAGGAUCCAAAGAUCCAUCAGCCGUGGUUCCUUUUCCUGUGAAGCAGCAUUAUGAGACAUCUUACUCAUAUCUUGACGUUGUUGGGAGGAAAACUCUUGUCCUUGUAAAGGAAAAUGUAGUACCAGAGCACAAUGUUCCUUUUGAGAUCUACUACAAGUUCAACCCGAUAUUCAUGCUUGCGGAGCCCUUGAUGCUGGUUUCUGCAUUUUUCCUAUUUUUCAUAGCAUGCAUCGCCUACUUACACACGGAUCUUUCCAUUAGCAAAUGAUGAAUGCAAGUUAUGUAUACAAUUUGUAUCUGAUUAUGUCAGAUUCUGCACACUUGGGGUAAUUUCUCUUCAUUCACAGACUUCACAGUAUUAUCUAGAUGGACGUAGGAGCUUUAACAAACCAGUAAUGAAAGGGCCUUUGUAUGAGAACUGGCUCGUGGCAAAUGAUUUUGGAUAAUGUCUUUGUAGUCAAUGGACAAAAAACUUUUAUCUUGUGAGAACCAUUAAGUAGAUGAUGAACACUUUAAUAUUAUUGAGUCAAUUUCCUUGGCAUCAUUUUCAUA